AGACAUACUAUGACAAAUCAUUUCAACGUAACAAUUAAACCCAGCGUGGGAAGGGUUUAAACGGCGACUACGCCGCCGGUGACAGCUUUCCGGCCAGAAGAACACGAUGACUUCUACUGCCACCACCUCUCUCUUCAUCUUCUCCGAAUUCCAAUCCAAGUUCCCCAAUUCGCUUCUUCUUCAACGCAUUCAUACCCGCAACAAACCCUUUUCACUUUCUCUUCAACCACCCAAAUUCCGCGCAACCCAUUUGUCACUCUGCACUUUUUCCCGCACCCCAAUCAAACCCUCUUCAAGUUUCUCACCUCAAAGUAGUUUAACCAACUUUAUUUCACAAAAAGUUGCAUUUUUUCUUAUUGGGUCGUUUAUCUUCACCGGUUACUUCAGCAAAAGACCCGCUUUUGCUGUUACAGUGCCUUCUGUCAAUUCUGCUGAAACGUUGGAGGAGAAGCUUUUGGAGAAGGAUCCGAGAAAUGUUGAGGCUCUCAAGGUGACUGUGUAUGGGAAAAUUAGGAGAGGGAAGUGUAAGGAGGCUGAGAAGUUUGUGAAGAGGUUGAUUGAUAAGGAACCGGAUGAGGUUGAGUGGAGGCUUUUGCUUGCACUGUGUUAUGAGACAAUGGGGUACUUGAGUAAGGCUAAGGGAGUGUAUUUGGAAAUGUUGGAGAAUAGGCCUCUUCUUGUUAGAGCUUUGCAUGGUCUGGCUAUGGUGAUGCACAAAAACAACGAAGGCCCUGCUGUAUUUGAAACGCUGAACAAAGCUCUAGAGUUAGCUAUUAGUGAAAACAAAGUUACCGAGGAGAGAAAUAUAAGAAUCUUAACUGCACAAAUGCUUGUUGUACAGGGUGAUUUGGAGGAGGGCUUAAAAAGAUGUCAAGAUUUGAUCGAUCAAAAUCCCCGCGAUUUUAGACCUUAUCUUUGCCAGGGAAUAAUAUACAGUCUUCUGGAUAAGAAGGAGGAAGCUGCAAAACAGUUUGAAACAUAUCAAGCUCUUGUGCCUCAAGAGUUUCCUCAGAAGGGAUUUCUUGAUGAUAUCACCUUAGCAGCAAAAGAAACAUCUCAAGUACAGUUUCAGAAGGAAUUCAGAAACCAAUUUUCUAACCAAAAAUAGAGAAGGAAAAAUAUAGUAUGUUUUUCUUCUUUGCUGUCUUGGAAAUAAUCAGUAAUGCAGUAGCAGUAGCACACUCUACUCUUGUAAAAGCAAAAGGUUUAGAUUAUUUUACUGAUACAAUAGAAUGUGUAACAUUUUUUUCAGCCCUUGUAGUGAUGCAAUAAUCAAUUCUUAUUA